GCCUGCCGCCACCAUGCUCCCCUCGAACAGCGCACCAGGCCUCGGGCGCCCACCGCGAUCGCAGUCUAGCGCUGGAUUCAGACGUGCUUCAGGCUCUGGCAUCGCAAAUCAACGUCGUGCAUCUGGAUCUAGCACUCUCGGUGUUCCUCGACCCCAAUCAAGCGCGUCUGUGCGGCCUGGCUCUCGACUUUCCAUACGACCCCAAGCGCGACAUGCGCGCAAUCGUCUGCUGCCCCUCUGUCAGAAACUCGUCACUCAGAUCACUGGAAAUAACCCUGAGAACGAAGACGAUGCGCUACAACAUAUGCAAGACGUCGAGUUCGUGCUGAAGAAUCUAGAGACCAAUAAGCAAGCGACUACAGUUGAUCUGGAUCGUAUUGACCGUCAGAUACGAGGGCUGGUGCAGAAAGCGCGAAUCAACAACCAAGACGCUCUGGCAGAUGCCCUGCUGAAGUCGGCGCAGCGGCUCAAGGAUGACUUGGUCCAACUGAAGAAAGAUGAUCUCGACUCUGACAUCAGGUCAAGUAACGUCCCAGCGCACAUCCACUUCCUGAUCAGCAUGUCCAACGGACCCUCUCCGGCAUCUCUGGCAUAUGCUGAACAUUACCUCGAGGAGAUCAGCAACCCAAUCGCACCUCCAAGACCUACGACAUGGCUCGACAUCAUCGGCGAUGAGCCUUUCGAAGGCGAGCACUGGAAAGGAGUCUACGGCUUGCCGCCUGGGUUCGUUCGCGAGUCAGAUGCAGACGACCUCAGCGACGGAAGUGCGCCCUCUUUGUCGACCAUGUCCGACGACCCGGAGCUGGACUCGUUGAACGACUCUUUCUCAUCCGCGGAAGAGGCGCCGAUCUUGCCUACCACGCCCCCGGCAGUUGCUGAGGUCCCCCUCCUGCAGCCGGCCCCAAAGUACACAUACACCCAUAGACAGGCCGUCGAAGAGCUGCGGGCGCGACAGUACUGGACGAAUCAUUACAAGAGCGACGUGAAUCCCACUGGACCUUUUGAUAUCGGCGACGCAGCAACAUUCGGGGCAAGCAUGCAAAGAGCCGUUGCUCGGGGACAAACCAUGCCUCUCACCCCGGAGGUGUAUAUCGACGAAGUCGACAUGGUGCGCGAAAUCUUGAUCGGCUUGCAAGGCAGGCACAACAUCAUGUUCAUCGCCGACAUGCACUCUUGCCCAAUACGCUCCGACGCGCCCCGCCUGGCCCACCUCUCCCUCGGCAGCCAGCAAUCCAUCCUCAAAUCCUUCUGCCAAACCGCGAGCGUCCUCUACCACCUCCGCACUUUCGUCAGCUUCGUCCUUGCCCAGGUCUCCGACCGUCAGCCGCAACGAACCUCCUACAUCAAGCCCAAGGCGCCCAUCCGCACGCUCGAGGCUUUCGCUGACGCGGUAGCCGAGCAGCUGCGGGGCUUUGAUGCGUGGUGUGCUUCCCGAGAGCAGGAUAUCUGUUGUGCGAGGGAGGGCGUGGGCGCUGGAAUGCUGGUAGUCAGCCUGCUGAGCACGGAGAAGGCGCUGAGGGAUCGGUAUGAGCGCGCUUUUCCUGCAUUGCUAAAUGUUGUAAAUGCGAUUGGAGCGGAGUCGGAGCAAGGGCGGUGGAAGUUGCCCGUGAAAGGUGCUGCGAGGAAUAGUGCGGUGCUCCUCGACGCGCUCCUCGACGCGUACCGAGCGCACAUCGAGAUCGGGGAAGCCGUAACCGCAGACGCUCUGCUUGCGGCCUUCCAGCUUACCGCGGAGCCCGUUUGGGGCAUGAUACACCUCUGGCUACGCGACGGCAUGGACCCCACAGGCAAAGAGCUCGACGAUGAGUUCUUUAUCGAAGGUAGCGGUCUCGGCGUGGGCAUGAUGGGCAUGGGUAUGCUCGACCCCGAUUUCUGGGCCGACGCGUAUACCCUCCGCGACGACAUCGUCUCCGACAACGGCGAAGACCCGAGCGCGCCGGCGCGCAAAGUCGUCCCCGCCUUCCUUGCGCCCGUCGCUGAGAUGGUGCUCGGGGCGGGGAAGGGUAUCGGGUUGCUGCGCGCGCUGGGAGACGAGCCGGCGGAUGGGGAGAAAGUGCACCUGGAUAGCUGGCGGUCGUUCGGAGAGCUGGUCGCGGCGGAGGCGAAGAUGGACCUGUCGGCAGAUACACUAGCGCAUGCUGUGUAUGAUGCGCUCAACCCGCACUGUGCGAAGGUCGGGAGGGCGUUGGUGUCGGUGGUGCGGCAGGACUUUGAGGAGCAUUUGGCUGCUAUCGAGGGGCUUUACUUGAUGCGGAGAGGAGAUACCAUCGCUCACUUUGCUGACCUUGUAUUUGAGAAGAUGGACGCACAGCAAUCCUGGGCCGACUUCCACUUCAUCAACACCUGCUUCACCGACGUCGUUGAGCGGACCAAAGCCACCUCCUGGAUCCAGCCCGCUCUUGUGCGACUCUCCUACCGCGGCGGUAAGGAAAAAGAGCGCUCCAUCUCGCGCACAGUCCGCGCCCUCGACGGCCUCAGCGUCGGCUACUCCGUCCCCUUCCCCGUCAUAUACAUUUUCCGACCUCAGACCAUCCAAACCUACAACAACAUCUUUGUCUUCCUCCUCCAGAUCAUGCGCGCGAAGAGCGUGCUAGAACGCAUAUUGUUCCGCGGGGACAGCAAGCAUCCGACGGCGAUGAUGAAGGUGUUUUAUGCGCUUAGGGGGAAGAUGAGCUGGUUUAUCAACGCGUUGUUGAAUUUCUUCACGACGUAUGUGAUCCACUCGGAGGUCCUUCGGUUCAGGAAGCGCGUGCAGGAUGUCGAGUCGUUAGACCAUUUGAUCACACUACACGAGGAACACAUCGAGCGCAUCGAGGGUCGAUGUCUCUUGCAGCCCAAGACCUCCGCACUUCACCGUGCCGUCCUCUCCAUCCUCGACCUAUCCCUCAGUUUCAGCCAGCUCCUCGUCUCCGUCUCCGGGGACGCGAACGCGACCCUCGACAUCUCGCGCCACUCCCUCCUCGCCCGCAAACACCGCAGCCGGCACCAGCGCCGAAUACGGCGGAACGUCAUCGGCUUUGGCGCGUCGGCGGCCGCUCUCGACAGCUCGUCGGACGAGGAUGAGGACGAGGACGUGAAUGAGGACGGUGAGGCGGAUCUGACGCGGGAUGCGCCGAGUACGUCGCUCGCGGUGUCGGGGGCGUCGGUGGUGGGCGAGUGGGAUCCGCUGGGUGGAGUCGAGAAGAUCUCGACGGAGCUGGAUGGGCUGGUGAGGUUCAUCAGGAGGGGGGUGGAUAGCUUGGCGGGUGGGACGAGUGAGGCGGCAUCAGCGUUUGGGGUGCUGUCGUUCGUGCUAGAGGAUUGGGAUCUUUGAGGCGGUAAUUAGGGCUAUUGAACGUUGCUUCGAGCAGCUUGUAUGUACUGUAUAUGCCAUGAACGCCUGCCAUUCCGGCUAUGAGCUACUGAGAG